AUGUUUCCAACUCAAGAGAUGUCUCGAAACUCAAAAGAAUAUCUCCAAUCAAAAGAUUUGUCUCGACUCAAAAGAUUGUACUUCGAAAACCUCAAAAGAAGGUCUAGACCAAAAAGGUCUCCGAACUCCAAAAGAAGGUUCUUCGACCUCCAAAAGAAAGGUCUCCAACUUUUCCCCCAAAAGAUGGUCCUCGAACUCAAAAGAUGUUCCGACCUCAAAAGAUUUCCGGACACUCAAAAGAUGCUCGACUCCAAAAGAUGUAUCGACAACAAAAAAGGUCCUGGUCUCGGGGGAAACUCAAAAGUGUCUCGAAUCAAAAGAUGUCUUCCAAACUCAAAAAGAUGGUCUCGAAAACUCAAAAGAUGUCUUCCCUGGAUCCCAACAGAUGUAUCCGAAAACUCAAAAAGAUGGUCUCGACUCAAAAAGAAUGUUCUCCAACUCAAAAAUUGUCUCGACUCAAAACCAAGAGGUUUCGACCUCAAAAAUGAGGUUUGCGACUCCAAAAGGAAUGUUCGCUCAAAAGAUUGUCCUUCAACAAUCAAAAGAUGUUCCGGACUCAAAAGAGGUUCUCGAAACUCAAAAGAUUGUCUCGACUCCAAAAAAGAUUUGUCUCGGAAAACUCAAAAAGAAUUUUGUCUCGACUCAAAAGGUUGUUAG